AUGGCUCUAAAGUACGAAUUAGAACAAUGGGGGGCAGCUGUCAAAGCAUAUGAUGAACAAGAUUUCGACCUGGCCUUGGAUACGUUCGAGACUAUAGCAGACUCGGCCAAAUUUCAUUUUAAUAUGGGCCUAAUUUAUGCUACACUUGGCGAGCAUGAAGAAGCGUGUCGGUCCUAUAAAAAAUCCGUAAAAUUGGAUCAAUACUUUGCUGUAGCAUACUUUCAAAAAGGUGUAUCACAUUUUUUGCUGGGCGAAUUUGAAAAAGCACUUGCAAAUUUCAAUGAUGCCUUACUGUAUCUUCGUGGUAAUAUGCUUAUCGACUAUGAACAAUUAGGCCUCAAAUUCCGUCUUUACUCUUGUGAAGUCCUAUUCAACCGCGGACUUUGCUAUUUAUACCUUGGUCAAACAGAUCAAGGACUUGGUGAUUUUUCCUUUGCAGUCAAAGAAAAACAAACAGAAGAGCAUGAUGUUAUUGAUGAAGCUAUUGAAAUUCAGGGAAAACUUAAAAAUGUUAAAACCAAGGAUUAUUUGGGGAAAGCCAAAUUAGUUGCUGCGGUGGAUCCAGAUGAUGCAUUUACUGGUUUUACAGGAGCUCAACAACAAAAAAAAGCACAAAUGAGCACAACAUCUCCAAUUAAUAAAGGUAGAACUGACGGUGCUGUACUUGAUGUUCCUAGACCAGAGUCACCAACUGAGAAAACGAUUCGGCCCAGAUCUUUAUCAACUAAUCCAAAAUCACCACCUUUCCCCAUUCGUACGACACGCGAGCUUAGUACAAGAAGGCGCCCAGAGGAAGGAAUAGAAAACAAAUCUAUUAUGCGGACUGGUGCAUCUACACCUUUAUUAGACACCAAUGGAAGCACUGAAUUAGAUACGCCAAUUUCUCGAAAUGUUUCGUUGCGAAAAGCACCUCCAAAUCAAUUAAAAUUGCAAAAUAAUCAUCACCGUUCUAAUACAAUAGAUGGUGGUCGCCCUUCACCAAAACUUCCUACUGUUCCGGCUCGGGUGAAUCCUGCUAGAGAACCAAACCGUCCCACCAUGCAAAGGUCUUCCAGUCUUAGAGAUCCGAUGGGAUCUUCUAGUCUUAGGGAGCCAAUAACACGUUCAAAUUCUCUUAGAACGGUUUCUCCGAGAGGUGGUGUACGUACACCUCAAAGGUUAAAUACAGUCAGUCGGCAACAAUAUCUGCAGCAACAAAUGAAGAAUAUGACCGUCACAGAUGGUGGCUAUAAUGAUUAUAAUCAAGAGUCGGAAAAAUAUAGUUUGAAUAGCGAAGAUUUUAGUCAAAUAAGUUCAAGUGAACAACGUUCUGGUCGGUCUCCAAGUAUACGCAGUCGUGGGUCUAGUAUCCCUUCAAAAGGAGCUAGUUUUAGGUCGCCAUUAUCUAUGCAAGGCGGAUUAGCAACACCACCAACUCCAGAAGAUGGAGACUAUGAUUACAGUAACAUUGUGGAUGAUGGAUAUCUUUACGGUGAUGAAGAUGAACCACAAUUUGAAAUGAUCUCACCACCAAAAAACUUUCAACAAUCUAAAAUAAUUUCUAAGAUCAGGGUUAAAUGUUAUUAUAAAGACAAAACGCCACGAGCAAUUAUGGUACCCACAAACAUAGCAUAUGAGGAACUCUCAAAAAGAAUACAAGAGAAAUUUUCAUUAAAUAAUCCUUUAAAAAUGAAAUAUAAAGAUGAAGAUGGUACAAUGGUUAUGAUGGGUGAUCAAGAAGACUUAGAGAUGGCUCUUUCAAUUAUUCCAAUGUCUACUAGUGACGUUGGCAAGAUGGAGGUAUGGAUAGAAGAGUAG